AUGAAUGAACAAGUUGAAGAAACAACGUAUUAUUCGGAGGGUAGUUGUGAGGUGGAAUUAGAGGGCAGUUGUGAAGAUAGUGAUGGGGUUGAAAAUGAAGAUAAUAAUCGUCAAGAGGAUCCAGAGCACAUUAAUGAAGAUGUAGAUGAGUCUGAAGAUGGAGAUGAUAGUAGUGAAGAGAAUUUUUUAGAGCAAAAUAGUGAAAUUGGAGAUGAUAAUUGUGGUGACUAUGUAGAUAGUUGUGAGGAGGAAGAAAUUGUGAUAGAUGAUUUGGAUGAUAUUUUGAAGAUCGACAUGAAAAAUAGUGUCAGUAAUGAUGUUAGCAGGUACUCUUUUAGUAAUUUGGAAGUGGCUUAUCAAUUUUACACAACAUAUUCCAAAAUGAACGGUUUUUCUGUCCGCAAGAGCAGUGUUGUUAAAAGCAGCAAGGGUGAACUAUUGCAACAAACUUUCAUUUGUUCGAGCGCUGGAUACAGAGAAAAUAAGGGGCUGAAUGUUGACAAUCGAAAGCGACGCGAAAGGCGUGAAACAAGGUGUGGUUGUGCGGCAAAAUUUCGUGUUCACAUCGAUAUUGCUUCAGCUUCAGGGCGAUGGUACGUGACUUUAUUCACUGACGAACAUAAUCACGAAAUGGUGAAAGAUAUAUAUUGUCAAAUGUUACCGGGACACAGAAAAAUCACAGAAGCUGAUGCUCUCGUAAUUCACAAUCAUGCAAAAGUUGGGAUUAGGCCAUCCACUACAUAUGGUGCGUUUGCACAUGCUUCGGGGGGAUACAACAAGGUACAGUUCAUGAAGAAAGAUCUUUAUAAUCAAGUUGGUAAACAAAAACGUCAACAAGUCUCUGAUGCAAGUGCGGCGGUAAAGUAUCUUAAAGAAUUGAAGUCAUAG